AACAGAAACUGGGAUCAAAGCUCCAAAGCCCCAUGGGGCCACUUGUGGUCCUGGAGAGAUAAAGACAUUACCAAUGAAAUCAAGACAGCGUGCAUAUUGCAUGGUGCUGCUGAGGAUAAUGGCAGUAAAGGAAAUGCUGCCUCACCACAAUCUGAUUAUAACAGCAGCGAUCAGAAGACCGCCUGCAGAAAACAUGAGCUGUACGUGAGCUUCCGAGAGCUGGGCUGGCAGGACUGGAUCAUUGCGCCUGACGGCUACGCAGCCAACUACUGUGACGGAGAAUGUUCCUUUCCUCUGAACGCCCACAUGAAUGCUACCAACCACGCCAUCGUGCAGACGCUGGUGCACCUGAUGAACCCUGAGAAUGUGCCAAAGCCGUGCUGCGCCCCCACCAAACUCCACGCCAUUUCAGUGCUUUACUUCGACGACAACUCCAACGUCAUCCUGAAGAAGUACAAAAACAUGGUGGUGCGCGCCUGCGGCUGCCACUGACCCUGCCGGAGGGAAGGUGAUCCACCCCCCCAAAAAAGUCCUCCACUUCUGGAACAAGACAUCAAGAAAUGCAAUUAAGGAUUUAUUGUUGCAUACGUUUUUGUCAGCAGCUUCUCUUUUUAGCUGAGGACUAGAGCUGUAAUCUCAAGGAAGUCUGUGGAAAAGAGGGAGUCUUUGUGGAUGAUUUUUUUUGUAUUGAACGCCUGACGGGCUGAUGCACCUACAGAGAGGACCAGACUAAAACCUCUUUGGGAAAGACCAGAGUGCUGCUUUCUUUAUCAUCUCCACGAACUGAUGUUUUAAGAAAACUGAUGAGAAAGUCGUCUAAAAGAUUCGACUCACUGGCGCAGGAGUUUUACACUAAAUAAAUGACACAUCGGAGUCUAUACAUGUGCUGUUUUUUCCUUUUCUCCAGCCGUAUUUUCUCCUCCAGCCAUAUUUGCUCUCCCAAAAUACUAUAUGGACUGAACCGACCUGACCACAGACCGUUUUAGCUGUGGACUGCUCUGAAUAAUCCCCUCCGUGUCAAUAUUUGUCAGGCUCAGGCUGAGCCGUGAUUCACCGGGCCGCUCCGGCGUGAUGCAUGUUGUGGCUGUGCUUGUGUUUUUCUCCACACGACUGAAGAAUACAGCUCUAUCCCUCCGACAUGCCACAAAUGACCGUUUCUAUGUCGCUGCACUCGGAGAGCUAACAAACCCUUUCACCCCCACGACAGCCUGUUGAGAGCUCGGGGAAAAAGGUUCAAAUCUUUCACUUUAUUGGAUGAAAUGUAUGUUUCUUGUCAUCUAAAAAACACGAUGUGAUCCUUGGAUGGCAUGCAAUCUUCAUAGAACACUUAUGAAUGAUAAAGUAUAUAUAUCCACAAAUAAUUAAACUACCGUGUGUGCCUAACCAAUCUUUAAAUUACAAAAUAUACCUCUGCUAAGCUGCUGUUUACAUUUGUGAUCAUGUUAACUGUUUUUUUUUGUAAAUACUUGUACAUUCUCCGCUUAUUUAUUGCACCUUUUAUUAAAAGAAAUAAAAAAUAUCACAUCUUUAAUACAAAACCAAGAUUGAAAAACCUUAUUUUUGGGAAAAAAAGACAACUUUAUUAUCAAAUUUCAUGUUACAAUUUGCCAAUACUCACUUUUUGUGCAACAUAUGUGGGUUUUGCACAACCCAUGAAAAGAAAAUAUACAGAAAAUACUUCCAUCACUGGAGUUCCAAAGAUCAUGUGCUAUCCAUAAAAAUGUUUAUUGAAAAAAGAAAAAAGGGACAAAGAGCGGCAUGUCUGCCUGUUUGUGUACCUUGACUGGACAAUAAAGCGAGUGGACAUCACAUGUUUCAUUUCAGGGGGGUCAAAGAACAUUCGGAAGAUUUAACAAGGUGCUGAUUACCUCACAAUGGUUUGUCACAAUCCACUGUUUUUAUCUCAAAUCUCCAAAAAUGUAAUGCAUUUUAGUAGGAAAAUAUGUUUUAAUUAAGUAUUUCCAGACACAAAUUGGUUUCACUCUUCUCCGUCGUGUGAUUGCAGUGACCUGAACUACUUUGUUGAUUACUUGAUUUCAGCGAGAAUCACAUUUGAUAAGAGAUUGGGAUUUUCUAAAUCAAGACACUUGUAGCUCAUAUAAGAGAU